AUGUAUCCAUCUAGUGAGCAGCCCACUGCAAGUCGGCAAUUAACCUUGGCUGGACAAAGAGUUGGCGGCGGCAGAACGACCUACAGCAGCAGCGGUACGAGUUACGGAUUUUAUUUUAUCAGUCAGCUGGCAGGCAGCUACCAACGGCUACACAGAAAGAAUUCGGGGCCAGCUCAGCGAUACUGCGUGUAUUCACUCGGAAGAGAUUGUAUCUUGAGUGCUGAACUAAUGCGUACUGACCACGCUCAAAAGAGCCAUUAA